UGGAUUUGAGGGGUCUGGGGUUUUGCUCCCCUCCAGGGGAAUUUAAUCCUUUCCUGGGGCUGUUUCUUCUCUCAAGCCUCUGGGUCUGGGGUCUUUCUCCCACCUUGUGGGACACGCCUAGACCCUGGACCCUUGCAGGGACCUAUUAGCCCCCACGCCAGGAGGGCUCGAAGGGGGUGACCCUCUUGUUUCCCCCCCCCAUCAUUUGCACCCGGGUUAGGGUUCUCACUGCCUGUGGGGGCACAACUGGGACCCGCCGUCCCCCAGUGCCGUCGCAGCCCUCUCCAGCCUGGUCUCUCCUCGCAGAUCCAGGUGUCACGUGUUCAGCAUGGCUGUCCAGGACGCACGCCCCAACCACACAAUCUACAUCAACAACCUCAACGAGAAGAUCAAGAAGGAUGAGCUGAAGAAGUCCCUUUACGCCAUCUUCUCCCAGUUCGGCCAAAUCCUGGACAUCCUGGUGUCCCGGAGCCUGAAGAUGCGGGGUCAAGCCUUCGUCAUCUUCAAGGAGAUCAGUAGCGCCACCAACGCGCUGCGGUCCAUGCAGGGCUUCCCCUUCUACGACAAGCCCAUGAGGAUUCAGUACUCGAAGACAGACUCGGACAUCAUCGCCAAGAUGAAGGGAACCUUCGUGGAGCGUGACCGCAAGCGGGAGAAGAGGAAGCCCAAAGGCCAAGAAGCUUCCUCAGCCAAGAAAGCGAUCGCUGGGGCUGCGGCUCCGGUUGCCCGCCCCGAGCCCGCCGAGAGAUCGGGGCAGGGAAAAGACGCCCGAGUCCCCGGCGUCCCCGCUCGAGCCUGCAGACUCGUUUCUCGAGCUGCGCCCGCGUUUCGCCUCUGA